AUGGCAAAAUUCAUUCCUAGACAGCGCAAGCACAAGGUGCUUGCUCGCGAGCGAGCCAAGGAAAAUGGCCGCCACGACGCCGCGGACACCAAUCAGGAAAUCCUCGACUCGGCCGACAAGCAGGAAUGGGCAGACAAGCGCGCACGCAUGAAGGAGGAGCUGAAGCAAGAGGCGGGAAAGAUGAACUCGAAGAAGGCGAAGCGUCUCGAAAAAUACAUUGACACCAAGCUGCGCAAGGACGAGAACCGAGAGUUGUUGGCCAAGCUGGCUUCGAAAAAGGUCGACACGAGUUUAUUCGCGAGUAGCAAAUCUCUGGGUCAGGGUCGCGAGACCAAGAAACAGAGCCUGGCGAGAGCGCUGAGAGAAUCCAGGGCCGGAAUUGAGGAUGGCGCAGAGCUCUUAGAGGAGAGACCCGAGGCGGCCAGCGACGACAGCGACGUGGACGACGAAGAACUCCCGAGCCACAAGCUCGCUGCCCGGGUAAAGUCUGCACCCAUUGCAGUACCGCAGCCUGAAAGCAAGGCUACAGAACCUAUAUCCGAUACCACACAAAAACCAGUCGUGCUAGGCUCUGGCUUGAAACGGCCUCUCGACGUCGACGAUGAUGGAAGACCGGUGAUCCAAAAGCGACAAAAACGAGGCGGUGUCAAAUCAAAAAUCACGGUUCCUGUCCAGCUCACAAAUCCAGAGAGCGAAAGUGGGAGCGACGGUGAUGAAGACGAGUGGGGUGGCUUCAGUGACGACAACGAGGAGUUGCUAGACGACGAUGAAGAUGAAGAAGCUGAAGAUGAUGAAGACUCGGCCUCAGACGAUGAGAGCGAAGACGAUGACGACGACGACGACGACGACAACGACGAUGAGGAUGAAGAAGCAGCUGAACAACGAUCGCAACGAUCUUCCAUAUUCAAAGCGUGGGCAACGCAACAACGCAAUGAAGCGCUUGGCUUCAAGCCGAAUGAGCCAACAACAAGCAACAUGGUCAUUCCAAAACCCGAAAAUUUCGUCCCUCGUGCGCCGGAGCAAGACCCGCUGCCUAUGGAACUACAACCGACCGCGAAUACCGACAGAAAAGCAUUCAGCGUGACCGUAACGAGGACACCGGAAAUCCAGGAAGCUCGCCUGAAACUCCCUGUGGUCUCUGAAGAGCAGAAACUCAUGGAAGCCAUCCAUAACAACAACAUUGUCGUCAUUUGCGGCGCUACAGGUUCCGGCAAGACGACACAAGUACCCCAGUUUCUGUACGAAGCCGGCUAUGGAGCUGCGGAUUCAAAAACACCGGGCAUGGUUGGUGUUACGCAGCCUCGCCGAGUCGCCGCCGUCAGUAUGUCACGGCGUGUAGCUGAGGAGCUGGGCGAUCACUCCUCAAGAGUCGCCUACCAGAUUCGAUUUGAGGGAAGUGUCGACGACAAGACUGCAGUUAAGUUCAUGACAGAUGGUAUUUUACUGCGCGAAAUUGCCCAAGACAUUACUCUCAAGAAAUACUCGGCCAUCAUCAUUGAUGAGGCGCACGAAAGGAGUGUCAACACAGAUAUCCUGAUCGGUAUGCUGAGCAGGGUCAUUAAGCUUCGUGCCGAGCUAGCAGAGGAAGACAAGAAGCUCAAGCCACUGAAGCUCGUCAUCAUGUCCGCUACUCUUAGAAUUGAGGAUCUCACAAUGAACCCAAACCUAUUUCCUACGCCUCCCCCGGUUCUUGAGGUGGAGGGUAGACAGCAUCCCGUCACCAUGCACUUCGCUCGCAAAACACACCACGACUAUGUUGAGGAAGCGUUCCGCAAGAUCAGCCGUGGGCAUAGAAAACUCCCACCCGGUGGAUUCCUGGUGUUCCUCACUGGCCGCAACGAAAUUCUACAACUUAGCAAGCGCUUAAAAACGGCGUUUGGCGGGCUGAAGUCUGCCGAAGGCCCCAAAGUACGGAUAUCAGCCUCUGAAGCACCACUGGAAGUGGAGGACCUCGAACUUGGUGAUGUGGAUGAUAAUGCGCAUGAUGAUUUGGAUGAGAUAAUGUCGGAUGGCGAGGAAGAGGGGGAAAAUGAAUUCGAGGUCGAGGAAGAGCAAGAAGCCGCCCCCUUGAAAGUACAGAUUUUGCCUCUCUACUCGUUGCUCCCUACACGAGAGCAGAUGCGCGUGUUCGAACCCGCACCUGAGGGUACGAGACAAAUUAUCCUGGCCACCAACGUCGCCGAAACGUCGCUGACCAUCCCGGGAACUCGAUUCGUGUUCGACUGUGGCCGAGUCAAGGACCGAAACUACGACCGUCAGAGUGGCGUGCAAAGCUACGACAUUGGCUGGAUUAGCAAAGCCAGCGCGAACCAGCGCGCGGGUCGUGCAGGUCGUACAGGCCCCGGUCACUGCUACAGGCUGUAUUCGUCUGCCGUGUUUGAGCGCGACUUCCAGGAGUUUGCAGAUCCUGAGCUCCUGCGCAUGCCGAUUGAGGGCGUCGUUCUGCAGCUCAAGUCCAUGAAUCUGCAGAACGUCGUCAACUUUCCGUUCCCUACACCGCCAGAGCGGCACAGCCUGGCUACAGCAGAGAAGCUGCUGGAAUACCUCUCAGCCAUCUCGACCAGCGGUCAGAUUACACAAAUCGGCCAGACCAUGUCCAUGUUUCCCCUGUCCCCCCGCUUCGCGAGAAUUCUACUCGUCGGCCACCUGCACGACUGCCUGCCGUAUACCAUUGCUCUGGUAGCCGGCCUGUCUGCCGCCGAAGUCUUCCUACCCGAGGCGCAGGCGGUGCCCGCCUUGGCAGCCCAGGAGGACGGGGCAAUCCGCACCAACGCCGACAUCGUGGCCGAGACACGACAAGUCAAUGCGCGACGCGCGUUCAACCAGGUGCAUCACAACUUUUGCUACCUCGACGACAAGUCCGACGCCAUCAAGCUGCUGCAGGUCGUGGGUGAAUUCGCGCACGAGCCGACGGAGGCGUGGUGCGAGAGCCACUUUGUGCGCUUCAAGGUGCUCAAGGAAAUCCAGCAGCUUCGCAAGCAGAUCACGGAUCUCCUGCGCACAAAUAUCCCAUCGUUUGCCAGCCUCCAGUACAAAGAGAAGCUGGACCCGCCGUCUGCGAAGCAGGUCGCCGCGCUGAAGCAGAUGGCCACCGCCGGCUUCAUCGACCAGGUGGCGAUCCGGGCGGACAAGGCGCCCGUGCCCCCUGAGCACCACCGCAAGCCGAAGCGGGCCAUCGACGUGCCGUACGUGCCCCUCAUUCCCCUCCGCGCCGGCGGCAACGAGGACGGCGGCCUCGUGUACAUCCACCCGACCUCGCCGAUGGCGCACCUCAGCAUCCAGGAGUGCCCCGAGUACAUCGUGUACUCGUACCUGCAGCGGGCGACCCCGACGGGCGACGGGUCCAAGACGCCCAAGACGCGGAUGCACGCGCUCACCGACGUCUCGGGCGGGCAGCUGGCCGGGCUGGCGAGGGGCACGUCGCUGCUGACGUACGGCAAGCCGAUCAAGGAGACGCGGGCGCCGUCGGCGGGCGUGGACGGCGGCGCGACGCGCGAGUGCUGGGUGAACCCGUACCUAAGGGCCGAGAACACGGGCGGGCAGGGCUGGCAGCUGCCGGCCAAGAAGGUGAAGCAGAGAAAGGUUGCCGGCCGGGGAUGGGUGGUGGAAUGA